CGUCCGCUCUUUGGCCCUCCCCACCUUUAGCAAGACCAACGAGAGGAUACCGCCGGCAUGUAGAGCAGCCCGGACAGAAGCUUAACCGAGUGGCGCGCAAACACGAGAGGAAAGCAGUGUGCGGUUGUGUUUUUCUUCCUUCGUGGGGGUCUAGACGCAGGAAAAAUGCUUUCUGAAAGCAACUCAUUUUUGAAGGGUGUGAUGCUGGGCAGCAUUUUCUGUGCUUUGAUCACUAUGCUAGGACAUGUUAGAAUUGGUCAUGAAAACAGAAUGCACCACCAUGAGCAUCAUCACCUACAAGCUCCUAACAAAGAAGAUAUCUUGAAAAUUUCAGAAGAUGAACGUGUGGAGCUCAGUAAGAGCUUUCGGGUAUACUGUAUCAUCCUUGUGAAACCCAAAGAUGUGAGUCUUUGGGCAGCUGUGAAGGACACGUGGACCAAACACUGUGACAAAGCAGAGUUCUUCAGUUCUGAAAAUGUGAAAGUGUUUGAGUCGAUUAACAUGGAAACAAAGGACAUGUGGUUAAUGAUGAGAAAAGCUUAUAAAUACGCAUUCGAUAAGUAUAAAGAUCAGUACAACUGGUUCUUUCUUGCCUACCCCACUACAUUUGCUAUUAUCGAAAACCUGAAGUAUUUUUUAUUAAAAAAGGAUCCAUCACAGCCUUUCUAUCUAGGCCACACUAUAAAAUCUGGAGACCUUGAAUAUGUGAGUGUGGAAGGAGGAAUUGUGUUAAGCAUGGAAUCCAUGAAAAGACUUAAUAGCCUUCUCAGUGUCCCUGAAAAGUGUCCUGAACAGGGAGGAAUGAUUUGGAAGAUAGCUGAAGAUAAGCAGCUAGCAGUCUGCCUGAAAUAUGCUGGAGUAUUUGCAGAAAAUGCAGAAGAUGCCGAUGGAAAAGAUGUGUUUAAUACCAAAUCUGUUGGGCUUUUUAUUAAAGAGGCAAUGACUAAUCACCCCAACCAGGUAGUAGAAGGGUGUUGUUCAGAUAUGGCUGUUACUUUUAAUGGACUGACUCCUAAUCAGAUGCAUGUGAUGAUGUAUGGGGUAUACCGUCUUAGGCCAUUUGGGCACGUUUUCAAUGAUGCAUUGGUAUUCUUACCUCCAAAUGGUUCUGACAAUGACUGAGAAGUGAACAAGAGCAUGUAUAUGAUCACUGUAUAGGAUAUAUGUUGUCAUUAUUUAUAAUGAUUAUAUAUCCUAAUGCAAAAGUUAUGGGUUUUUUUCUUUUCUAAUUUGGUGGCACUGGUAUAAUCACACAUUAAAGUUUAGUAAUACAUGUUAAAUUAGGUGGUAUUUUUUUUCCUUAAAAUACAUAUGACAAAUUUAACUUUGUUGAAAAUGUUUUAAGAAGAAUAAUUUUGCAAAUAAAGGAUAUAAAUAUUUAUAAAUGUUAUAUUUAUGUGAUAAUUCCUAAAUUAUGAACAUUAAAGUCUGUGUAACAUAUUUUUGCUGAUUUA